AUGAACCUGGUUACCGCCCUCAUGGUGGACAACGCCUUGUCCCAGUCCGCCCGGGACAAGGAGGCCGAGUCAGCGUGGGAAGCCGCGAGCAGGAAGAAGGCCCUCCCCAAGCUGAAAGCGAUGUUCAUCCCAGAGCUGGACGAAGAUGGCAGCGGCAACCUCGAGCUGGAGGAGAUCCUGAACGCGCCCGAGGAGCUGAGGGAGCAGCUGCAGCAGAUUGCCAAGAUGGAGGACUGCGAGGAGCUCUUCCACACGCUGGACUUCGAUAACAGUGGCAGCAUCGACGUGGAGGAAUUCUGCGAUGGCGUCCUGAAGGCAUCUCAGGACAACAAGCCGAUGGAAUUGCUGCGGCUGGCUCGCCAGUGCAACGGCAUCCACGAUAAUGCCAAGGCAAUACUGCAGCUGCUAAAAGAGCAUCUUGGAAACAAGGUAGAGAGCGAUCACUGCGGCAAUGGAAGCAACAGUCCCAGCACACUGCCCGCGGCCGAGGAUCGAAUGGGAAAGCGAGUCAGCCAGCCGUUGGGUCCUUGCCCGAGUGACCUUACUAUCCUUCCACGGAGGACCCGUCUUCGUUCCGGAUGCAGCCGUCCACCGAGGCGGCUCUCGGCAUCAAGAUGA